GGGCAGCAGCCCAGGGGCUUCUUAAACCCCCCGCCCUGGCCAGCCCUGUACUUCCCGAGCACUGCUCCGCCCCCGGAGGGAGACAGCGAACGGCAGCGAGAGGCCCGAAGCCCCGCCAGUCAGGGCGCUGAGAAGUUGGAGAAGAGUGCAGCGCAGAGUCCCGCAGUAGCGACCCGACAGCACCCGAACCCCGAAACCCCCAGGCCAAGCAGCAGCCCCGACUCCCCCCAGGCCCCGACAGCAUGAUGAACAACAGCGGCUACCCGGACGUCUCCGGCUUUGGCCUGGGCGAUGAGGUGGACGAGAUGCCGUCCACCGAGAAGGACUUGGCCGAGGACGCACCGUGGAAGAAGAUUCAGCAGAACACGUUCACGCGCUGGUGCAACGAGCACCUCAAGUGCGUGGGCAAGCGCCUCACAGAUCUGCAGCGAGACCUCAGCGAUGGGCUGCGGCUCAUCGCCUUGCUGGAGGUGCUCAGCCAAAAGCGCAUGUACCGCAAGUUCCACCCGCGCCCCAACUUCCGCCAGAUGAAGCUGGAGAAUGUGUCCGUGGCCCUCGAAUUCCUGGAGCGCGAACACAUCAAACUCGUGUCCAUCGACAGCAAGGCCAUCGUGGAUGGUAACCUGAAGCUGAUCUUGGGCCUGAUCUGGACGCUGAUCCUGCACUACUCCAUCUCCAUGCCCAUGUGGGAGGAUGAGGAUGAUGAGGAUGCUCGCAAGCAGACACCAAAGCAGCGCCUGCUUGGCUGGAUCCAGAACAAGGUGCCACAGCUGCCCAUCACUAACUUCAACCGAGACUGGCAGGAUGGCAAGGCCCUGGGUGCCCUGGUGGACAACUGUGCACCUGGCCUCUGCCCAGACUGGGAGGCCUGGGAUCCCAACCAGCCUGUACAGAACGCCCGAGAGGCCAUGCAACAGGCAGACGACUGGCUCGGGGUGCCCCAGGUGAUUGCGCCCGAGGAGAUUGUGGACCCCAACGUGGAUGAGCAUUCAGUCAUGACCUACCUCUCCCAGUUUCCCAAAGCCAAGCUCAAACCUGGCGCCCCUGUUCGCUCCAAGCAGCUGAACCCCAAGAAAGCUAUUGCCUAUGGGCCUGGCAUUGAGCCCCACGGCAACACAGUGCUGCAGCCUGCUCACUUCACUGUACAGACAGUGGAUGCUGGGCUGGGAGAGGUGCUGGUCUACAUUGAGGACCCUGAGGGCCACACGGAAGAGGCCAAGGUGGUUCCCAAUAAUGACAAGGAUCGCACAUAUGCUGUCUCCUAUGUGCCCAAGGUUGCUGGAUUACACAAGGUGACUGUGCUCUUUGCUGGCCAGAACAUUGAGCGUAGCCCCUUUGAGGUGAAUGUGGGCAUGGCCCUUGGGGAUGCCAACAAGGUGUCAGCCCGUGGCCCUGGCCUGGAACCUGUGGGUAAUGUGGCAAACAAACCCACCUACUUUGACAUCUACACUGCUGGGGCUGGCACUGGUGACGUUGCUGUGGUGAUCGUGGACCCACAGGGCCGUCAGGACACAGUAGAGGUGGCCCUGGAGGACAAGGGUGACAGCACAUUCCGUUGCACAUACAGGCCUGUGAUGGAGGGACCUCACACAGUGCACGUGGCCUUUGCCGGUUCCCCCAUCACUCGCAGUCCAUUCCCUGUCCAUGUGGCAGAAGUGCCCCCGCCGCCUCCUGCUCCCUCUGUGCCCAUCGUCCACCAGGCCAAGAGAGUGGCGCCACCCUGUAACCCCAAUGCCUGCCGUGCCUCUGGACGAGGCCUGCAGCCCAAAGGUGUCCGUGUGAAAGAGGUGGCUGACUUCAAGGUGUUCACCAAGGGUGCUGGUAGUGGGGAGCUCAAGGUCACAGUUAAGGGGCCAAAGGGCACAGAGGAGCUGGUAAAGGUUCGAGAAGCUGGAGAUGAUGUGUUUGAGUGCGAGUACUACCCCGUGGUGCCUGGGAAGUAUGUGGUGACCAUCACAUGGGGUGGCUACGCCAUCCCCCGAAGCCCUUUCGAGGUCCAGGUGAGCCCAGAAGCAGGGACACAGAAGGUGCGAGCCUGGGGCCCUGGUUUGGAGACUGGCCAGGUGGGCAAGUCAGCUGACUUUGUGGUGGAGGCCAUUGGCACAGAAGUGGGGACACUGGGUUUUUCCAUUGAGGGGCCCUCACAGGCCAAGAUUGAGUGCGAUGACAAGGGCGAUGGUUCCUGCGAUGUGCGGUACUGGCCCACAGAGCCUGGCGAGUAUGCCGUGCAUGUCAUUUGUGAUGACGAGGACAUCCGUGACUCCCCUUUCAUUGCCCACAUCCAGCCAGCCCCACCAGACUGCUUCCCGGACAAGGUGAAGGCCUUUGGGCCUGGGCUGGAGCCCACUGGCUGCAUUGUAGACAAGCCUGCUGAGUUCACCAUCGAUGCCCGAGCAGCCGGCAAGGGAGACCUGAAGCUCUAUGCCCAGGAUGCAGACGGCUGCCCCAUCGAUAUCAAAGUGAUCCCCAACGGUGACGGCACCUUCCGCUGCUCCUACGUGCCCACCAAGCCCAUCAAGCACACCAUCAUCGUCUCCUGGGGUGGCGUCAACGUGCCUAAGAGCCCCUUCAGGGUGAAUGUGGGAGAAGGCAGUCACCCCGAGAGGGUGAAGGUAUAUGGCCCCGGCGUGGAGAAGACAGGCCUCAAGGCCAAUGAGCCCACUUACUUCACAGUGGACUGCAGUGAAGCAGGGCAAGGCGACGUGAGCAUUGGCAUCAAGUGCGCCCCUGGUGUCGUGGGACCUGCAGAAGCUGACAUUGACUUUGACAUCAUCAAGAAUGACAACGACACCUUCACAGUCAAGUACACGCCCCCAGGAGCUGGUCACUACACUAUCAUGGUGCUGUUUGCCAACCAGGAGAUCCCUGCCAGCCCCUUCCACAUCAAGGUGGACCCAUCCCAUGAUGCCAGCAAGGUCAAGGCUGAGGGUCCAGGGCUGAACCGCACAGGUGUGGAAGUCGGGAAGCCCACUCACUUCACGGUGCUAACCAAGGGAGCCGGCAAGGCCAAGCUGGAUGUGCACUUUGCUGGGGCUGCCAAGGGUGAGGUUGUGCGGGACUUUGAAAUCAUAGACAACCAUGACUACUCCUACACCGUCAAGUACACCGCUGUCCAGCAGGGCAACAUGGCAGUGACUGUGACCUAUGGCGGGGACCCUGUCCCCAAAAGCCCCUUUAUAGUAAAUGUGGCACCCCCACUGGACCUCAGCAAAGUCAAAGUUCAAGGCCUCAACAGCAAAGUGGCUGUGGGGCAGGAGCAAGCAUUUUCUGUGAACACUCGAGGGGCCGGUGGUCAGGGCCAGCUGGAUGUGCGAAUGACCUCACCCUCCCGACGGCCAAUCCCCUGCAAACUGGAGCCUGGGGGUGGAGCAGAAGCCCAGGCAGUUCGUUACAUGCCCCCUGAAGAGGGACCCUACAAGGUGGAAAUCACCUAUGACGGUCACCCAGUGCCUGGUAGCCCCUUUGCUGUGGAGGGUGUACUGCCCCCCGACCCCUCUAAGGUCUGUGCUUAUGGCCCUGGGCUCAAGGGUGGCCUGGUAGGCACCCCUGCACCAUUCUCCAUCGACACCAAAGGUGCUGGCACAGGUGGCCUCGGGCUGACUGUGGAGGGCCCCUGUGAGGCCAAGAUCGAGUGUCAGGACAAUGGCGAUGGCUCAUGUGCCGUCAGCUACCUGCCCACAGAGCCCGGCGAGUACACCAUCAAUAUCCUGUUUGCCGAAGCCCACAUCCCAGGAUCGCCCUUCAAGGCUACCAUCCAGCCCGUGUUUGACCCAAGCAAGGUUCGGGCCAGUGGGCCAGGCCUGGAGCGUGGCAAGGCUGGAGAGGCAGCCACCUUCACUGUGGAUUGCUCGGAGGCGGGUGAGGCUGAGCUGACCAUUGAGAUCCUGUCCGAUGCUGGCGUCAAGGCAGAGGUGCUGAUCCACAACAACGCAGAUGGCACCUACCACAUCACCUAUAGCCCCGCAUUCCCUGGCACCUAUACCAUCACCAUCAAGUAUGGCGGCCACCCAAUCCCCAAAUUCCCCACCCGUGUCCACGUGCAACCAGCUGUUGACACAAGCGGUGUCAAGGUCUCGGGCCCUGGAGUGGAGCCUCAUGGUGUCCUGCGGGAAGUGACCACUGAGUUCACUGUGGAUGCAAGAUCUUUAACAGCCAUGGGUGGCAACCACGUGACAGCUCGUGUGCUCAACCCCUCGGGUGCUAAGACAGACACCUACGUGACAGACAAUGGGGAUGGCACCUACCGAGUGCAGUACACGGCCUAUGAAGAGGGGGUACACUUGGUGGAAGUGCUAUAUGAUGAGGUGGCUGUGCCCAAGAGCCCCUUCCGAGUGGGCGUGACUGAAGGCUGUGACCCCACCCGAGUCCGGGCCUUUGGGCCAGGCCUAGAGAGUGGCCUGGUCAACAAGUCCAACCGCUUCACUGUGGAAACCAGGGGAGCUGGCACUGGCGGCCUAGGCCUAGCCAUUGAGGGCCCUUCAGAAGCCAAGAUGUCCUGCAAAGACAACAAGGAUGGUAGCUGCACCGUGGAGUACAUCCCCUUCACCCCUGGAGACUAUGAUGUCAACAUCACCUUCGGGGGCCGGCCCAUCCCAGGGAGUCCAUUCCGGGUACCAGUGAAGGACGUGGUGGACCCUGGGAAGGUGAAGUGCUCAGGGCCAGGGCUGGGGGCUGGGGUCAGGGCCCGUGUACCACAGACCUUCACAGUGGACUGCAGUCAAGCCGGACGUGCCCCCCUGCAAGUGGCUGUGCUGGGCCCUACAGGUGUGGCUGAGCCUGUCGAGGUGCGUGACAAUGGGGAUGGCACCCACACUGUCCACUAUACCCCUGCCACUGACGGGCCCUACACAGUAGCUGUCAAGUAUGCUGACCAGGAGGUGCCCCGCAGCCCGUUCAAGAUCAAGGUGCUGCCGGCUCACGAUGCCAGCAAGGUGCGGGCCAGCGGCCCCGGCCUCAAUGCCUCUGGCAUCCCUGCCAGCCUGCCAGUGGAGUUCACCAUCGAUGCUCGGGAUGCUGGGGAGGGGCUGCUCACUGUCCAGAUCCUGGACCCCGAGGGCAAGCCUAAGAAGGCCAAUAUCCGAGACAAUGGGGAUGGCACAUAUACCGUGUCAUACCUGCCAGACAUGAGUGGCCGGUACACCAUCACCAUCAAGUAUGGCGGCGAUGAGAUCCCUUACUCGCCUUUCCGCAUCCAUGCCCUGCCCACUGGAGAUGCCAGCAAGUGCCUUGUUACAGUGUCCAUUGGAGGCCAUGGCCUGGGUGCCUGCCUGGGUCCCCGGAUCCAGAUUGGAGAGGAGACUGUGAUCACAGUGGAUGCCAAGGCAGCUGGCAAGGGGAAGGUGACCUGCACGGUGUCCACGCCAGAUGGGGCAGAGCUUGACGUGGAUGUGGUGGAGAACCACGAUGGUACCUUUGACAUCUACUACACCGCGCCCGAACCGGGCAAGUACGUCAUCACCAUCCGCUUUGGGGGCGAGCACAUCCCCAACAGCCCCUUCCACGUUCUGGCUACAGAGGAGCCCGUGGUGCCCAUGGAGCCCUUGGAGUCCAUGCUGCGGCCCUUCAACCUGGUCAUCCCCUUCACUGUGCAGAAAGGAGAGCUCACAGGGGAGGUGAGGAUGCCCUCUGGGAAGACUGCCCGACCCAACAUCACUGACAACAAGGAUGGCACCAUCACGGUGAGGUAUGCGCCUACCGAGAAGGGACUGCACCAGAUGGGGAUCAAAUAUGACGGCAACCACAUCCCCGGGAGCCCCUUGCAGUUCUAUGUGGACGCCAUCAACAGCCGCCAUGUCAGUGCCUAUGGGCCAGGCCUGAGCCAUGGUAUGGUCAACAAGCCGGCUACUUUUACCAUUGUCACCAAGGAUGCUGGAGAAGGGGGUCUAUCUCUGGCUGUGGAGGGCCCAUCCAAGGCAGAGAUCACCUGUAAGGACAAUAAGGAUGGCACCUGCACCGUAUCCUACCUGCCCACAGCACCUGGAGACUACAGCAUCAUCGUGCGCUUUGAUGACAAGCACAUCCCAGGGAGUCCCUUCACAGCCAAGAUCACAGGUGAUGACUCGAUGAGGACCUCACAGCUGAAUGUGGGCACUUCCACGGAUGUGUCACUGAAGAUCACAGAAAGUGACCUGAGCCUGCUCACUGCCAGCAUCCGAGCACCUUCAGGCAACGAGGAGCCCUGCCUGCUGAAGCGCCUGCCCAACCGGCACAUCGGGAUCUCCUUCACCCCCAAGGAGGUCGGCGAGCACGUGGUAAGCGUGCGCAAGGGCGGCAAACACGUCACCAACAGCCCCUUCAAGAUUCUGGUGGGGCCAUCUGAGAUUGGGGAUGCCAGCAAGGUCCGGGUCUGGGGCAAGGGCCUCUCCGAGGGGCACACUUUCCAGGUGGCAGAGUUCUUCGUGGACACACGUAAUGCAGGUUAUGGGGGCCUGGGGCUAAGCAUUGAAGGCCCUAGCAAGGUGGACAUCAACUGUGAGGACAUGGAGGAUGGCACAUGCAAAGUCACCUACUGCCCCACGGAGCCUGGCACCUACAUCAUCAACAUAAAGUUUGCUGACAAGCAUGUGCCUGGAAGCCCCUUCACUGUGAAGGUGACUGGUGAGGGCCGCAUGAAGGAAAGCAUCACCCGGCGUAGACAGGCGCCUUCCAUUGCCACCAUCGGCAGUACCUGCGACCUCAACCUCAAGAUCCCAGGGAACUGGUUCCAGAUGGUAUCUGCCCAGGAGCGCCUGACACGCACCUUCACACGCAGCAGCCACACAUACACCCGUACAGAGCGGACCGAGAUCAGCAAGACGCGGGGCGGGGAGACAAAGCGUGAGGUGCGGGUGGAGGAGUCCACCCAGGUCGGUGGGGACCCUUUCCCUGCUGUUUUUGGGGACUUCCUGGGCCGGGAACGUCUGGGCUCCUUCGGCAGCAUCACCCGGCAGCAGGAAGGGGAAGCCAGCUCUCAGGACAUGACUGCACAGGUGACCAGUCCAUCCGGCAAGAUAGAAGCUGCAGAGAUCGUCGAGGGGGAGGACAGUGCCUACAGUGUGCGCUUUGUGCCUCAGGAGAUGGGGCCCCAUACGGUCACUGUCAAGUACCGUGGCCAGCAUGUGCCUGGCAGCCCCUUCCAGUUCACUGUGGGCCCGCUGGGUGAAGGAGGUGCUCACAAGGUGCGAGCUGGAGGCACAGGGCUAGAGAGAGGUGUGGCCGGCGUGCCAGCUGAGUUUAGCAUCUGGACCCGAGAAGCUGGUGCUGGGGGUCUGUCCAUUGCAGUGGAGGGCCCCAGCAAGGCAGAGAUUGCAUUUGAAGACCGCAAAGAUGGCUCCUGUGGGGUCUCCUAUAUUGUCCAGGAGCCAGGUGACUAUGAAGUGUCCAUCAAGUUUAACGAUGAGCACAUCCCAGACAGCCCCUUCGUGGUGCCCGUGGCCUCCCUCUCAGAUGAUGCACGCCGUCUCACGGUCACCAGCCUCCAGGAGACGGGGCUCAAGGUGAACCAGCCAGCAUCCUUUGCAGUGCAGCUGAAUGGUGCCCGGGGCGUGAUUGAUGCGAGGGUCCACACACCGUCAGGGGCAGUAGAGGAGUGCUAUGUCUCUGAGCUGGACAGUGACAAGCAUACCAUCCGCUUCAUUCCGCAUGAGAAUGGUGUCCACUCCAUCGAUGUCAAGUUCAAUGGUGCCCACAUCCCUGGAAGCCCCUUCAAGAUUCGUGUAGGAGAACAAAGCCAGGCCGGGGACCCAGGCUUGGUGUCAGCCUAUGGUCCUGGGCUUGAGGGAGGCACCACUGGUGUGUCAUCAGAAUUCAUUGUGAACACCCUGAAUGCAGGCUCAGGGGCCUUGUCUGUCACUAUCGAUGGCCCCUCUAAGGUGCAGUUGGACUGUCGGGAGUGUCCUGAGGGCCAUGUGGUCACCUACACUCCCAUGGCCCCUGGCAACUACCUCAUCGCCAUCAAGUACGGUGGCCCCCAGCACAUCGUGGGCAGCCCCUUCAAAGCUAAGGUCACAGGUCCCCGGCUGUCUGGAGGUCACAGCCUUCAUGAAACAUCCACUGUUCUGGUGGAGACUGUGACCAAGUCAUCCUCAAGCCGUGGUUCCAGCUAUAGUUCCAUCCCCAAGUUCUCCUCAGAUGCCAGCAAGGUGGUGACACGGGGCCCUGGGCUGUCCCAGGCCUUUGUGGGUCAAAAGAACUCCUUCACCGUGGACUGCAGCAAAGCAGGCACCAACAUGAUGAUGGUGGGUGUGCAUGGGCCCAAGACCCCCUGCGAGGAGGUGUAUGUGAAGCACAUAGGGAACCGGGUAUACAAUGUCACCUACACUGUCAAGGAGAAAGGGGACUACAUCCUCAUUGUCAAGUGGGGUGAUGAAAGUGUCCCUGGAAGCCCCUUCAAAGUCAAUGUGCCUUGAAUCCCAGAAGUGCCUCCCCCAGCCUCAGCCCCCACCUCCGGCCAAGCACUCACACCCAUCCACACACCAGUGUGCCACACCCAGACACACUCACACAGAGCCAGCACUAGACACCUGCCUUGGGUGUGACUUGAAUGGCACAGCCUCCUUGCCCUCUGUGGAUGGAGGCUUUUUAUCUGUCUCAGGCUGGUGUCCUCCCUUGGAUGUGCCAUAAGGGGAGAUGGGGCCAGGCUCAGAGGCAGAGGCUGUGACACAGUGCAGCACAGGGGGUGAGGGGAGCCCUGAGUUUCCUGGUAGAGCCAUGGCCAGUGGGGGAGCAAGGUUUUGGGGGCGUCUGUGAGAGUGGUUACCCUCAAAUCACUCUGCCGGCCAGGCUGCCUUGCCUGAGGACUGCAUCUGGCCUCUCCGGUGGUGGCCACCACCCUGGAGUGUUAAGGACUUGGAAAAGAAAGCACAAUUGGAGAAGAGAGCAGAUCUGGAACAAGCAGCAUGUGGGCUGCCCCAAGCUCUAUGUACCCCACCCAAGCCAGGCUUCCUCGGGGACUGAUUUCUCUCUCUCCCUCCCACCCUCCCUCCUCCUCCCUCUCCCUCCCUCUCUUUUUUACGGUUGCACAGCUCUGCCCCUUGGGGGGCCUUUUUUACACACUGCGAGGCCCAGCUUUCUGGGGGUCUUUUGCACAUGUCAUGCAGCUCAGCUGGGAGCUGCUUAGGUGGAAAACUCCAAAUAAAGUGCGGCUGUCGCAGA